UUUUUCAUUUUAGUUUUCAUGGGCUCUCUGUGCGUCUCCGCAGCGCAUCUUCGGUGUGGUCACUUUCGGUAAACAGCGCCUUCUUGGUGUUUGAGUGCACUACUUCUGCCGAAAAACACGUCAACCACUGCAGCAGCAGCAGCGGCAGCAGCACAGCACGAAGACAGCAGCAGGCCCACCAAGAGCCACAGGGAGGCUUGUCAGCUACAGACUGCUCUUUCUUAAUUAUCUCCAUGGCUGCUGAUGAGACCCGACAGCAGCCGGACCUGCUCAAAAUGCGCCAAUUAUCUGCAAAAGACAGAUGCGCGGCCGCGUGUGUACAAAUGUGCCGUUAAAAUCGAAGAGACAGAUGAUUAAAACAGAGUCGCUUGUCGGUGGUUGCCAGUAGUUUUAAAGGACGUGCGUUGUCUGCUCUUUACGUAAUCUUUUUUUGCGUAAUUUUGCGCCGGGUAUUGGAUGCCGCGUGGACCUGGAUUAUUUUGGCGAGGAUAUCUGUAGUGCUCUCCCUCCUCCCUGCAUCCGCUGUUGUCCUCAACACCAGACACACAGACUCAGUCAGACGGAGACUAUCUGUAUGCAGCAACGUUGUAAACAGACGAGGAGCUGUUUUAAUGAAAUCCAACAUCGCUGCAUCUCGGUUGAAGCCUUCAAUCAGCAAUGCCUGGGAAUCCUCCAGCUGCUCUUCCAUGCUGUUUUCUGAGAAUGGCAUCGUAGUAAACCUCUCUGGGAUUUAGAUCAACUGCUAGCAUGUUGCAGCCUUCCACCAGAACAGGUGACAGCCUGUUGGAAACAUUACCUCAUUGGAGUAGGCGUCCGAGAUGGGCCCUUGGCCUCACUGUCUGCAUGGCUCUCCUCUGGUUUCCAGGGGCAGCGGGAUCUACCCUAAACUGCCAUAAGACUUGCAUCUGCGCCUCAAACAUAGUGAGCUGUUCCAAGAUGAAUCUGACCACUGUCCCAACAGGACUGCCGCUCUAUACUGCUGUGCUGGAUCUCAGCUACAAUGAGAUAACACGGUUGCGAUCAGAGUGGACACCAGUCAAGCUCCUGAAGCUCCAUAACCUCCUGCUCAGCCACAAUGGUCUCUACUUCCUGUCUUCAGAGGCGUUCAUAUAUGUGAAGCACCUGCGCUACUUGGACCUGUCCUCCAACAAUCUUCAGCAGCUGGACGAAUUCAUCUUUGAGCCUUUGGUCAACCUGGAGGUUCUCUUACUGUACAAUAACCAAAUUUCCCAGAUUGACCGCUCAGCCUUUGUUGGCGUGGUCAACCUUCAGAAGCUCUACCUUAGCCAGAACCAAAUCUCCCGCUUCCCCAUGGAGCUGGUCAGGGAGAAGUCCCGCCUGGAGAAACUUAGCCUCCUGGAUGUGUCCUCCAACAAGGUCAAAUUAUUGCCCAUUGAUGAGCUCCAGGUGCUGCCUGCCUGGAUUAAAAAUGGCCUCUACUUCCACAAUAACCCUCUGCUGUGUCACUGUGACCUCUACACACUCCUGGCCCACUGGUACAUUCGAAAGCUCAACUCUGUCGUCGACUUCAAAGAUAAAUACACAUGUAUUCUACCUGGCCCGCAGAAAACCCAAGUGGGUGUUUUUGAUCUCAGCGGUGACAUGAACUGCAGCACAUUCAAGGAGGCUGAUGAAGAGGCUUUUCUGGACCAAACGCUGACCCUUGGCUGUGACACCAAACAGAGAGUCACGUCAAAGACCUGGACGAUGCCUGGUAACGUGAUGGUGACACCUGGAAGCAACCAGACAGCCAAAGUCUUGCCAGAUGGGAGUCUGCAGAUUAGUCCGGUGAGGCCCGACGACUCUGGAACCUACACUUGCUUUGCAAUGAGUGAGGCCUUCAAUGAAACGAUCUAUGUGGUGCUGAAGGUUCACAACUUCACCAUGCACGGGGGCGGGGAGACCCUGAACACAGCGUAUACCACCUUGGUGGGUUGCCUGGCCAGUGUGGUGCUAGUGCUGAUGUACCUUUACCUGACGCCGUGUCGAUGCUUCUGCUGCCCCAACAAGGGUAAGAAUCGGGGUGAGGACAGCAUCCACUCCUCUAUGCUCAGUGUCACACCUACCCAUGAGGACCCAGCACUCAAGGCCGAGCUGAACAGGCACGUGGCAUUCAUAGACUCGAAGGACUUGCAGGGUCAGAAUGGCAAGCUGAACCCCAAUGGGGAUGAGGAUGACGAUGACCUGGAUGCAGAGGCCAGUUCUCUUAUGAAGGGAAAGAGGAAGAAGUCAGUAGCAGAGUCCAUCAGCUCCGUCUUCUCAGACACUCCAAUGGUGGUCUGAAAUGGCAAAGACAACGGACGCCACAUGACUGGAUGUAAAUGGUACAACGUGAGCCAUGUUUAAGUUAAUGUGAACUGUGACCUUGUAGGAGAAAAUGAAGGGAUGUUCAUCUGUAAUUGCUGGCAAGUCGAAAUAAGGAUCUCAAAGGGAGUAAAAAAUGAACUGUCUUGUUGUCAACAAGAACAAUAAGCAGGACUUUUCCAGCAUUUUAAUCUGUAGCACUUAAUAUUCAUACUGUGAAGGAAUGGCAGUGUACUAGGACAGUGGAAACUACUGAAGUCUUACGAGAGUAAAAGGUAGAUGAUAUGUUAUUGAUAUCAGCACUCAGGAAGUGAUACAUUAAAUUGCUUAAGUGUGGGAAAUACAUACAAUGCACAGAUUGAAAUUAGAUUUGAAAACAAAAUACUUCACACGUACUUUUUCUUUUUCUUCUUUCGGCUGUUCCCGUUAGGGGUUGCCACAGCAGAUCAUCCAUUUCCAUCUCUUUCUGUCCUCUGCAUCUUCCUCUGUAGCGCCAACCACCUGCAUGUCUUCCCUCACCAUAUCCAUAAACCUCCUCUUUGGCCUUCCUCUUUCCCUCUUGCCUGGCAGUUCCAUCGUCGACAUCCUUCUGCCAAUAUAACCAGCUCCUCUGCACAUGUCCAAACCAUCUCAAUCUCGCCUCUCUCGCUUUGUCUCCAAACCAUCCAACCUGAGCUGUCCCUCUAAUAUACUAAUUUCUAAUCCUGUCCACCCUCAUCACUCCCAACGAAAAUCUUAGCAUCUUCAACUCUGCCACCUCCAGCUCUGCUUCCUGUCUUCACAGGAGCCACAUCACUGGUCUCACUACCGUCUUGUAAACCUUCCCUUUCACUCUUGCUGGUACCCUUCUGUAUACUCCACGUUACUUUGAACAGUUGACCCCAUGUAACUCAUCCACCUUCACCAUCUCUACUCCUUGCAUCCUCCCCAUUCCACUGUCCUCCCUCUCAUUCAUGCACAUGUAUUCCAUCUUGCAUUCCUCUUCUCUCCAGUACAUACCUCCACCUCUCCAGACUCUCCUCACCUACUCCCUACACUCAAUGCAGAUCGCAAUGUCAUCCGCAAACAUCACAGACUCCUGCGUCAUCUGGUCUGUUAACCUGUCCAUCACUAUUGCAAACAAGAAAGUGCUCAAAGCCCAAUCCUUGAUGUAAUCCCACCUCCACUGUGAACCCAUCCGUCACUCCAACCGCACACCUCACCGCUGUCACACUACCCUCAUACAUAUCCUGCAGCAUAAUACUUCAUACGUACAGUAGUAUAUAUUGAAGCCAUGGCUCAUAAUUAGAUUUAUUACAAAGACUAGAAUAGAUUGCAACUUGCGUAAACAUUAGAGCAUAAGUACAUUUACCCUUCCUCUAUCAACACAGGGACAGAGCUUUAGAUAGACAGACUGCCGUCACCAGGCUAUGAAUACAUCUGUCAUUAACCUUGAGUCAUCUAUAAAGAAGCAGCAUGCCAUAAACCCACAUUAUACGAGAUCCCAGACUGAUCUGUAUGAGUGGGAUAAAGGAAAUGUGGAUUCAUCAGUCAUUUAGUAAUUUAUAUUGAGAAAGAGAUGGCACAAACAUUAAUUAAGCGGCCAUUUCCAUUCUAAGUUAUAGCUGGUACUUAGUUGCACUCAGAUACAGUUAAUUAGACUGAUUCUUAUUCGUAUUCAUAGUCAUGUGUAUAGUAAUAUAAGAGAGAGCUUUGUUUUUCCUUUGCUAUCUUAAAGGAUCGAUUUACAUAGAUAUAUGGUAUAAAAUAGUUGACCAGCUUGAGGCAGAUCAUUGUUUAUAAAUGAAUAGUGUAUCAAAAUAGUUGCCUCUUAGUUAUGCACAUUUACAGAAUAACCCAAGAGAAACUUUUGAAACCUUACACAACUAAAAACAUGGAACACCUCCAACAGAAAUACAUUAGAUGCCAGGAAGUAUUUUGUCUUGACUGACUAUCAACAUAUUGUCUCAGUUCUGUAUACAGACAGGUACCAUGGUCUUUACAAGGACAAAUAGGCUUCUGUUAGUUGUACAAGUCCAAUGUGGUGCCACUUACUGCAGAUUUUGACUCCUCCUCUUGGCCAAGUUAUAGUAUUUGUUUUUCUCAGUCACACUACCAGGAAGUUAAAUACCAAGCCAAGGCUAAAAGCUGCCAGCUUGAGUUUAAUUUAUUCUUUCCCGUAUAUAAAAUGUGCACCUGACACAAAAUCCUGAAAUAUUUUGAUGUAUGUUGUUCAAAAGAACAUAAACCUUGGUCAACACAUCCUCAUAAUUAAAUGACCACAUAGGUCAAAUGUACCUGCACUCCAGAACGACCCAUAGGAGCGUUUUCAGAGUGACCCACAGGAGUGUAAUAUGCUGCUUUCCAAAACUGUUACAAAUCACUUAAAAAAUAAUUAUGUUUUAUGGUGUGACAACACUGUGUUCA